AUGGGAUACAUCUAUGAGGCCAUGAAUAGAGUUAAGGAUACAGUUGUGACAAGUUUUAAUGGAAAUGAAGAGAAGUACAAAGAAAUCUUCAACAUCAUUGAUAAGAGGUGGGAGAUUCAGCUUUACCGGCCUUUGCAUGCAGUAGGGUACUUUUUGAACCCGGAAUUCUUCUAUGAUAAACCAGAAAUAGAGUAUAAUGCGGAGAUUAUGAGUGAUUUGUAUAAAUGCAUCUUAAGGCUAACAAGAGACCUUGCUAAGCAAGAAAAAGUUGUGGCCAAAAUGAGUUUGUUCACAAAUGCCCAAGGACUAUUUGGGAAUGAGUUAGCUGUUAGGACAAGAAAGACUAGAGCACUAGCUCCAAAUUUGCAAAGGUUUGCAAUGAAAGUCCUCAACUUAACAUGCAAUGCAUCAGGUUGUGAAUGGAAUUGGAGCAUCUUUAAAAAUAUUCAUAGCAAGAGGAGAAAUAGGUUAGAUCAUCAACGCUUGAAUGAUUUGGUAUACAUUAAGUAUAAUCGAGCCUUAAAGAGAAGAUACAAUGAACGUAACACCAUUGACCCAAUUUCUUUGAAAGAUAUAGAUGAUAGCAAUGAAUGGUUGAUAGGAAGAAUGGAAGAUGAGGAUUCUCAUGGAGGUGCACAAGAUGAUUUUGUAUUUGAUGAUGAUAAUUUGACAUGGGGUGAUGUUGCUAUAGCUACUAGAGCUGAGGAGGCCAGGUUUGAUACUAGAGCUAGAGCUAAAGCUAGACCAAGCUCAAGCAUAAUACCACCAACGAGGAGGAUAGCUUCAAGUUCUAGAACCUUGCCUUCUCAUUCACUAAUAGAUGAAGAUGAGGAUGGAGACAUGGUUGAUUCAGCAUAUGAAGAAGAUGGGGAAGGCUACAAAUAUGAUGACGGGGUUCGGGUCGGAGCUUUCUUGUUGGAUGGCUUUGAUGGCACGCCACAAGGCCCUCUCACCAUCACCACCAUCAUUGGUAUAUGGAUGGAAGAAUCCGAACCCCCGUCAUCCAUUGCUCCUGCCUUUGAUGAUCGAACGUGA